CCCGUGUACUACACUCCACACGAUCACAACAGUUUAUUCGUUCAGUUCAAGAACACCACUGCAAAAUUUCAAAAUCCUUCAAUCAAAUUUUCUUCAAAAUCAGGAAUUUUCACAUCAAGUUUAGUUACAAUGAAAGCAUUGUUAUGGUUCAUGAUUUUGGUGUUUUCAGUUAACUCAUUGGGAUCUGAAUCAAAGAGAACGGAAGUGGCAUACGCGAGUUUGUUAUACGGAGAUGAAUUCUUGUUAGGCGUUAGGGUUCUUGGAAAAUCGAUACGCGAUACUCGAUCAAACAAGGAUAUGGUUGUUUUAGUCUCUGAUGGUGUUUCUGAUUACGCUAAAAAUCUCCUCAAGGCUGAUGGGUGGAUAGUUGAGAAAAUUAGUUUACUGGAAAAUCCUAAUCAAGUUCGUCCUAAGAGAUUUUGGGGUGUUUAUACUAAGCUCAAAAUCUUUAACAUGACUAAUUACAAUAAAGUUGUAUACCUUGAUGCCGACACUAUUGUGGUUAGAAAUAUUGAAGAGCUUUUCAAAUGUGGAAAAUUUUGUGCUAAUUUGAAGCAUUCUGAGAGGCUGAAUUCAGGAGUUAUGGUGGUGGAGCCAUCUACGACCCUUUUUAAUGACAUGAUGAGCAAAGUAAAAACUCUGCCAUCUUACACUGGAGGGGAUCAGGGAUUUCUCAAUUCAUAUUACUCUGGAUUUCCCAACGCACAUGUUUUUGAGCCAGAUUUGAGCCAAGAAAUUUUGGAAACUAGACCAGUUCCUGAAAUGGAGCGACUUUCCACACUUUAUAAUGCAGAUGUUGGUCUUUACAUGCUGGCUAACAAGUGGAUGGUAGAUGAGAAAGAACUCCGUGUGAUUCAUUAUACUCUAGGUCCUCUCAAGCCUUGGGACUGGUGGACGUCUUGGCUGUUGAAACCUAUUGAUGUUUGGCAGAAUGUAAGGGAACAGUUGCCAGAAUCCCUUCCUGGAACCAGAGGGGGUCGGAAUCCUAAAGAUGAUUUUCUUGUGAAGUUUCUUUUUCUGCUACCGCUUUGUGCUGUACUCUUCUGCUGUUAUCGUUCAUUUCGAAAGAAUCAAGGGUCCUUUGGUUUCUGUUGUAGAAGCUCACUAUGCGAUCAUGUCAGACACUUUUAUUAUAGGAUUAAAUCAGGUGGCCCGGUUUCUUAUACUGGCAUUUCUACUUCUACAGUCAGUUCCACCCAUCAGCUCUUAAAUGGUACGCCGUACAAGGUGCCCGCAUAUUUGGGUGGUGUUUCUGUUUGUGUCUCUUUUAUGGCGGCAAUGGUGUCUCUUGGAUUAACUCUUGUGAUAGUACCUCGACAAGUGACUCCAUGGACUGGUUUGCUUUUGAUGUAUGAAUGGGCAUUCACAAUCUUUUUUAUAUUAUUUGGAGGUUAUCUCAAUUUGAUUUAUCACUGGGGAAAGAUCAAAGCAUCACGGGCUGUUUCCUCGUUGUCUCAAUCUAAACCCUCUGAUGACGAUUCAGGAAAAGGCCACCAGCGUCAGAUAUCAUCUUGUGAUACUGCUACAUGGUUCUAUGGAUUAGGGAUGGCCUUCUUGGCCAUUGUUGCUCCAUCCUUGCCUUGUCUUUUUGGAAUUACCGCUUUGUUUCUACGGUUAGGUUUGAUGAUUGUUGGGGGCAUAAUAUUAACAUCGUUCAUGACAUACGCCUCUGAACAUCUAGCCAUGAAAUCAUUUCUGAAAGGCCUUGAUGACAGGGAUAUUGCACGAAAUGGGAACUUCUGUUUCUCAUGUUGAUUGAUUUUUUGCAAGUGGUGAGUGGUGUAAAUUAUGAUACAUUAUUCCAUUUACCUUUAUUUCCAUUUAAGUAUUCAGUUAAGGUUCCAUACACAACCCUUGUAUGGCCUCGACUGGAUAACCAAAGUUUGGAGACAACAAAGCAUGACAUUAGGCCUAAGAAGACCUUAGCCAGUAUUUGAUUCUUGUAACUUAACCCUUUUAGAAAGAGACUUGGAGGUAGUUGUUAUGUGUUCAACUAACUUGCAGCAUUAACCUUGUGACAAAUGUAAUAUUAUUUUUUGUCUAUCACGCAUAUUUUAGGGGAUUAUUUCCCUAAAAUAAUUGUCUUGUUUGAUAAUAUAUAAAGGACAAAACAUUUAAUACUUAACAAUAUCAAUUUUGCUA